GGCUGGAAGAGAUUCCUGGAAUUUACUCACAAAAGAACUCUGCUUUAGAAAAGGCUAUGGAAAAAUACAAAGGAUCGCUGGAACAAGUGCUGAACAAAGUGAAUGUGACUCUGGAUCCAGACACGGCCAACCCCUACCUCAUCCUGUCUGAGGACCAGAAGAGUGUGAGGUGGGAAGGCAAAGAACAGGACCUCCCCGAGGCCCCAGAGAGAUUCGACAAGGAGCGUUGUGUGCUGGGCCGCGAAAGCUUCUCUUCAGGACGGCAUUGGUGGGAAGUGGAGGUGGUGGAGGAGGAAGACGAAGGGGCGCUAUGGGCAGUCGGGGUCACACGGGAGUCGGUCAGAAGAAAAGGAUAUUUCAGCCUCAAUCCCAAUGAAGGGAUCUGGGCUGUGGGGAAGCCAUUCUUUUAUUCCCUCUCUCUUCGACAACUAGCUGCUUUUACUUCCCCUAAGCGGACUCCUUUGGACCUCAGACCUGAGCCUAGGAAAAUCCUCGUGUGCCUGGACUAUGAAGAGGGCUCGGUGCGAUUCUUUGAUGCAGAGACAGACCGUUUGAUCUUCACCUUUUCUUCAGCUGUGUUCUCUGGGGAGAAGAUCCUCCCUUAUUUUUGGGUGGGGAAGGGAGUCACACUGAAAUGCUGACCACUGAGGUGAUUUCCAUUGCUACUCCCAACUGCUACGCUGUCGAAAGAACACCACCAAAAGAUGCUGACUUUCUAGGACUUUAUAACUGCACGAGAACCAGGCAAAGGGCUGGUGGGGAACUAAUAAGUCUGGCUGUUGUGUACAUUUUCCUCUUUUGCUAGUUGAUGCAACUGUUUCCAAAUGCAGCAAUGAAAGAACAACUGUA